AAAAUUCCCGAUUCCAGCUUGGCAAUCGUUUCAAGUUCAAUGAGAUGAGAGAUGAGUCGACUAAGUCUUGGAGGCUCAAUACGUCUUCACGAUCUUCUGGAAGCGUCAGACGAUGAAUAUGGAUUUGUAAGGACCGAAGUGGAGCGUGCGCUUGACUGCAGAGAUGCGACUGAGGAGGAAAUAAUGAGAGAAUCACCAGUUCGAUUCAGCUAUAAGCUUCCUGAAGAGCAUGUCAUUCCAGCGGGUGGAGAGCUUCAGAAGUCUUCGACUCCAUCAGGAUCUGUUGAUGAUGGUGAACAGAAAGACAAAGUUUCAAUUGGGUCAAAUGAUUCGGGAAAGAAAGAAUCCGAACAGAGCAAAAUCGGAGCUCUUUUAGAAAAAGCAAAAAAGAAGACACACAAAUUGGUAUCAAGCAGGAAGAAGAACCAUUCUGAAUGCGGAACUUCAGAUGUAUCACCUCAUCCUUCAAUGAGAUCAUUAGAUUCCAUAAGUAAAUCAGAAGAAAGAAUUGCAUCGAGAAGAUCUUCUGGAGGAUCGUCGGAUCAAUUGAAACAAUCAAAAGUUCCUGAUAAUUCGAACGAUGAAAGUGUAGAGAUUCUUGAGGAAAUCGUGGCCAAAAGAACUGCUAAUCAGAAUUUAAUUGAUCCUGCAGACCCAUCUGAUCCAUUUUUGGUUCAAUCAUUCAUUCAUAAAUGCAGAGUUUUGCCCUUCUUUCGUGCACGAUUAGUCGUUUUCGGAUCUCUGAUUGCACUCACAAUUGCAUGUCCUGGUUUCAUUACAGGACUCAUGUGGGGGUUCUAUUCGACUGUUAUUGGAUUUCUAUACUUUUUCGUCAGCGAACCAAAACCAAAAGAUGAUCAAAAAGAUGAAUGGUUCACUGAUGAUGAAGUAGAAACUCAUGCAACGACGUCUCCACUUGGUGUUGAUAAUAUUGAUGAUCAAGGUUUCGGUCUUGGAGAAGGUGUGAUCUACAGAGGAUGGAUGAAUGAACUGAGAACUAGAUAUUCUCCUGCCAAUUACCAUGUCAAUUCGUCACAAUCGGUGUUGGUACGACUCGAAGGAUCCAUGUUGAGGAUUUGUCGUCCGGCAAAGGCAGUAUUGAAGCAUGCAUUUUAUGAUGAUCCAACACUGAAACAAAAUCAACCAUCUAUGGUAUCUCAAGUGAUUUACGAUAUGAAAGAUGCCACAGUUUCACUUCGACCGAAGCGUCUGGCUCGACGUCGAUGGUGGAGUCGAAAAUACCCGAUUCAUAUUCGGUUUGCACAUUCAUCAAGUUCUCUUGUGGAAAUUGAUCACUCAUCGAAGGCUAAAUCGAGAGGAAUGUCUCGAUCCGCAUCAAUGGCUCCACAUCCAAACAUAUCAGAAACGAGUGAAGGCAGACGGCAUAGUGUCUCUGAUGAAGAGACAGACGGGUAUACUGCCGAAAGUGAAGCUGAAGUAGAAGAUGAGAAGCGAAAAAUGGUACGAGCAAAUUCGGCGUCGGAUAUUCAAGAAUUUCGGGAGAGCAAUUCUCAUAAAAAGAGAGGAAGAAGUAUUUAUUUGUUCGUGAGAGCUGCAAGAGAAAAGGAACGAUGGUUCCAUUUACUUCGUGAAGCAUGUGCUCGAGCCAGAAAUUCCCCAAAAGUACGUCGAUGCAUGUCAGUAAUCGUUAAAACGUGUUCCUCUGCUUCACUUCCAGAAGAAAUUUUCCGUGGUGAAGAUGAUGCCACGAAUACUAGUGUCGCAGUUGAUGCUCUAGCUGCAGAGAAAGAAGACUUCAGUGAAUCAAUGUUCAAUAGUCCUAAACGAAUUUGCCUUCCAAAAGAGUAUGAAUAUUUAAAAUAUCGCAGCAAUUAUGCCUCAUUUGUCAAACAAAUUGCGACGAUUCUUUCGAUUCAAGUACCUCCACGACCAGAGAAGAACAGUACAGUUUCGGUUGAUCUUGGAACUAUGAAAUGGGCACCAGGAGCACAACAAAUAUCAACAGAACUUGUCGACAGUAUCAAUGUUCUCGCUACUCGUAUCUUUUUCGAUUUCUGUCGUGAUGAUUUUUGGAUCCGUCAAGUGAAACAGAAGAUUCAAAGUAAAUUGGCUACAAUUCAUCUUCCAUAUUUUAUUGAAAAGCUCGAAUUGGGAGAAUUGAAAUUUGGAACGGCUGCACCGAAGUUUACUGCAGUCUACACACCAAAAGUUGACGAAUGGGGAACUUGGGUUGAUUUUGAGAUGAAAUAUAAAGGUGGAAUCCGAUUGGUUCUGCAGACCAGUAUCAAUUUGUUGAAACUUCAAAGUGGCUCACACCAAGUGAAAACAGAGAAACGAGUAAAUCGAUGGACUGAAUCAGUGAGAGUCACACGAUACUCUGAUUCUGAUCUACCGGAAAGCCCUGAAAGCAGUCCUGAUGAGGACUUUGGAGCGAAAAACAAUUCAGAAGGGACAACAAAGGAAAAAACUGGAAAGAAAAUCCUAUCAAUCGUCGAACGAGCGGCACAAAGUUCACUAUUCCAGAAGGCAGCCAAAUUACAGGCUGUCGCGAGGCUGAUUGAGGACGUUUCAACGACACCAUUGAUGUUGAAUGUUGAAGUUGAAGAGGUAGAGGGACCAAUGACUUGUAAUAUUCCACCACCACCAAGUGAUCGAUUAUGGUAUGCAUUCCGUCGUCGCCCAAUUCUCAAACUCCGUGCAGUUCCACAAGUCGGCGAUCGAUCUGUGGAUCUUUCAACUGUUAGUGAAUGGAUUGAAACAAAACUCCGUCAAGUUCUGGAAAAGAAUCUCGUGUGUCCUAAUAUGGAUGAUAUAAUUCUCCCCGUUCUCUCUGGAAAUCCCCUACUCCACAUGGGAUACAAUAAGUAAACAGACUAUUCAAGUCUUUUUUCACAAAAUGUUUGUAUAUUAUUUUGCGUUUUCGUGCAUAGGCAUUAUUACUCAUUUUGAAUUCAUCUUUUUAUUUUUCGCCUUUUAUUUUCCAAAUCUUCACAACGGUGAUUUUCUUUGUUGUUGAUAGCUUAUGAUGUUCCGAUUACCAUUCCAUUUUUACUUUGAGACAUUAUUUUUAUUUGACAUCUCCUCGUCACUCUCCCUUUAUUGCUUUAAACUCCCAACUGAAAUGUUCUCCACGAUUUUAUUUUCUUUCCUUUUAUUGCACAUCCUCAAUUGUAUUGUAUUGUAGCUUAUGAGGAAUUAAUCAUUUUUCAAAAAGUUUAUUGCAAGCAAGUAAUGAUGAAACAUGUUACAGUGUCACGUUUUCGAAAUAAUAAAAAUGAACAUCAACAUU